GAGUGUUUUCAGACAUUUUAAACCUCACUAUCGUGAACCGAUGAAGAAAAUGCUUCUCAAAUCAGUAUUGUUCUGGUUGUGUUUGUGGCGUCUGGUUGGAGUGUUUUGUAGUUCUGUCAGCGAGGUGAAAUUGCUGGUGAUAGUUGGAGAGUCUGUCACUCUUAACACUGGCUUUACUGAAAUAAAGUGGUUUGACAGGAUUCAGUGGUGGUUUGAGAAUAAUAUGAUUGCUGGUAUCAAUGUAACGACCGGCAGCAUGACUGUAUAUGAUAAUGUUCUUGACGGGAGAUUCAGAGACAGACUGAAGCUGGACAGUCGAACUGGAUCUCUGACCAUCACAAACAUCACAAAGAAACAUGCUGGAGAUUAUACAGUGACAACCAGCGAACCAGUGAUGAUAAUAAUCAGGCUCACUGUCACUGAGUGUGUUUGUGAUGCAGAAGAAAUAUCAGUAACAGAGGGAGAUUCUGUUACUCUAAACACUGGUCUUACUGAAAUAAGUGGAAAUGACUCACUGUCUUGGGAUUAUGAAAUUGACAUUGCUGCAACACCUAUAUUUGAAAGAUGUUUAGAACAAAUUAUAAUCAGCUAUACUUAUGGGUUUGAGUUAUUUGACGACGGAAUGAAACUGGACAAUCAAACUGGAUCUCUGACCAUCAUAAACAUUACAACUAAACGUGCUGGUAUUUAUACACUCAAUUACCAGAUAAGUGGAGGAAAUUGGUCAACAAAAGCAUUCAGAGUUUCUGUCUAUGCUCGUCUGCCGGUUCCUGUCAUCAGCACUAACUCUACAAACUGUUCUUCAUCAUCAUCAUCAUCUUCAUCAUUGUGUUCACUGCUGUGUUCAGUGGUGAAUGUGAGUCAUGUGACUCUCUCCUGGUACAAAGGAAACAGUUUAUUGUCCAGCAUCAGUGUGUCUGAUCUCAGCAUCAGUCUCUCUCUACCUCUGGAGGUGGAAUAUCAGGAGAAAAACAGCUACAGCUGUGUGGCCAACAAUCCCAGCAGCAAGCAGACCACACAUCUGGACAUCAGCAAGCUCUGUCACUCAUGUUCAGGUGGCUCAUUUCAACCCUAG